AUGCUAGUACAUAAUUUAUUAGCAUUACUACUGUUAUAUGCUAUUUUAGUUAUUGGAGAAGAAAUUAUUGUAUCAAAUACUACAGAAAGACCAGAAUCAUUAAGAACCGGAAAAUUAAAUCAAUUUAAGGGAUACUAUACACCUAAACCAAUACCACAAAAUAUUCAAAGAUUGUAUGCUUCAAUAUGGGCAGGAUGGUCUGCUUGGAGUUUCUGUGUUAAUAAUGCUCAAAUUCGUGUACGAGCAUGUAAUACAGUUCGUGGAUUUAGUUGUUUAGGACCUAAUCAAGAAACUAAAGAAUGUUCAUUAGAUUCUAAAAAAUUACGAGGUUUCAAUGUAAAUGUAAAUGAAAAUAAUGUUAAUUCUGAUUAUGAUGUUAUUGAUCCAUGGGAAGAGGAUCGUAAAGAAGCUAUGAAACAAUUAUAUGCUGAUUAUGAAACUGGAAAUGAUUUAUUUAAAAAUAAAAAAAACACUCUAUAUACAACUAUUAAACCACCCAUUAUGUUAGGAGAAAAAAUUAUUAAUGUUGAGAAACCUAUUGAAAAUAUAAGUAUUAAUUUUUCAAAUAAACAAGAAAUUAAUAAAAAUAUUAAUACUUCCAAAAGAUAUACAACAGAAAUUCCUUCUACAACAUCACCUUCAAAUAUUGUUACUUCUUCAUUUGUAGAAGAUACAUUUACUACUGAUAGAAUAGAAGAUAAAAGGACAACAAUCACUAUUAAUAAAGGUAAAAAAUAUAAUAAUCAAAAACAACCAGAAUUGAAACCACAAGUUGUUUAUCCAAUAAGUGCUUUUCAUCAUUCAUAUCUAGAAAAUAAACCGUCAUAUGUUGUGGAACCAAAGAUACAAAUACCUAACAAAAACAAAGUAAUUAAUAAACCAGAAAGAGUUUUUAGCUUUAAAUCAACACGCCUAUUAUCAUCAACAACAACAACAACAUUACCACCAUCAACUACAACUUUAUAUUCAACAACAAAAAUUAUUGAUGUAAUGGAUGUUAUUGAACCAUUACCAGAAACAACAAAUAUUGAAGAAACUUUUGUAAAAUCUUUAGUUUUUCCAACAAAAAAAAUAGAAACACCUACUAAUAUAAGUCCACAACCAUUAUUAAUAACUGAACCUACAACAAUAAGUAAUAAAUUAUUAAAUAAUAUAUUAACAAUUACCCAACAAACAACAAUUCCUCCAUCAUUUAAACCUAUUUUUAUAAAAGAAGGUGAAGUUAAAGGAUUAGGAAUUAGAAAAUUAAAAAUUCCAAAACUUUCAAUGGUUAAAGGUAAUAAAAUUGAACAUGAUGUUAAUUUAAAUAUAAUAAAUAAACAUGAGGGUGAUGUAGAGGAGGCUCAACGUGAUACAGAAAAUGCUCUCCAAUUUAUGAUACAAAAUAUGGAAAAAGCUGUAAAAAAAGUUAAUAUUAAAAAUCCAAUAAAAAUAAAAUCUAUUCCAGCAAAUGACCAUGAUUUGUUAUUUAAUGAAGAGUACAUGAAAAAAAAUAUUGAGAUUAGAAGAAAACCUGUUUCAACAAAAAUGUCACCUGAUUCAUCUAUUGAUCCAUCUUCUUAUGAUGAUUUAGAUGAAGAAACAAAACAAUUAUUAGAGGGAACUUUGACAGAUGAUACAAAUUUAAGUGAUCCUGAAUCAAUUAAAGAAGAAAUAAAAAAAUUAAAUAGAUUAAUGAAAGAAGUUGAAAGUGAUAUGAUAGAGAAUGAUUUUACUACAACUGAACCUAAAAUUGUUGAUGAUUCUUUAAGACCAUUAAUGUCUAAUAAGGCAAAAUCACUUAAAUUAAUUCCUCAAGAUUCUGGUUUUUUAAGUGACAUAAAAAUUCCAUUACCAGCUGUUAUUACACAAAGUGAAGAUUCUAAAGGACAACCAUUUCAACCACAAUUAGGUGAAACUCGUCAAGCACAAUGGUCUGAUUGGAAAGAAUGGAAUGAAUGUUUUUGUAAUAAACAAGUACGAACUCGUACAUGUAUUUAUGAUAAUGCUUAUCAUACAUCAGGUUGUGUUGGUGAAUCAUAUGAAAAAUUAACUAUUCAUCAAUGA